AUGCCGUCAUCCACACCCAAACCCACCACGACGUCUUUUUCGCAUAACUUCUUCACCGUGCUUUUCUUACUUGUGCUCCUCGUAGCUUUUUUCCCAAGUCUAUUCCAUUACAUAUCCACUCUCCCUCUCGCGUAUCUAUAUCCGACGAGCCCAUCUUCAGCUACCCCACCACCGCCAGCGCCAACCAUGUCCUGGUUCCAGAAGCAGUUCACGCUGCCCCCGCGCUCGCGCGGCUCCUACCUUAUCACCGACCACGUCGUCAAAGAGAUCCCCGAGAUCAGGAACUAUAAAGUCGGCCUGUUGAAUCUAUUUGUCCAGCAUACGAGUUGUGCGCUGAGCUUGAACGAGAACUGGGACGAUGAUGUGCGCGCUGAUAUGAGCGAUGCGCUAGACCGCAUAGCACCUGAAGCUGGACCUAAGGGAGAGGAAUUGUAUAGACAUAGUGCUGAAGGAAGCGACGAUAUGCCCGCACACAUCAAGUCGGCACUCAUCGGCGCUAGUGUUACAAUUCCUAUAAAAGACGGAAAACUAGCAACAGGAACAUGGCAAGGAGUUUGGUAUCUCGAAUUCCGAGAGGUGAGGCAUACUAGAAAGGUUGUAGCGACUAUUCAAGGAGAGAAGGCAUGA